CAUGUUAGAAGAAGCUGAAGUGUUUGAUUUGAGUAAGAACAUUUCUGAUAUGUCACAAAUUUUUGCGUCUCUCAAUUUAAUAUUAUAAGUUAUAAAUGCUGCUUUGUUAAAAGAAGGUUCCACUUGGUUCUGAUUGAGUCUUAACGAUGAUCAGAACGGUCAAUUUCAAAUUGGUCGGAGCAGCUUGUUCGGUGAACCUUCUAGCUUUUGCCACCGGAAAUGCAUAUGCUUGGUCCUCCACCGUUUUAACAACGCUGAAGAGCAACCAGACCGGAGAAAACCCAUUGGGAAGACCUAUCACAUCCUUCGAAGAAUCUUGGAUAGCAUCUUUGAUAAGCUUGGGAGCAGCAUGUGGACCUUCUCUGGCUGGUUUUUGUGCAGACAAAUUCGGGAGAAAAAAAACUCUCCUAACAUUCGCAAUACCUAUGCUUAUAUCCCAUAUAAUGCUAUCUUAUGCCAGCACUCCGGCAGAAUUUUACAUAGCAAGAUUUAUACUUGGACUAGGGGUUGGAAGCGUAUUUACAAUAGUGCCCAUGUAUAUUGGUGAGAUUGCUGAAACUGAAACCAGAGGAUUUUUAGGAUGUAUAAUGGGGAUAUUUUUAUCCUGCGGCCUUCUUUUCGUGUAUUCCAUCGGACCUUUCGUGAACUUAACAAAUUUGAGUAUCAUACUCACCUUACCUAUUAUUCUUUUCAUGAUAACUUUCGGUAUAUUUUUUCCCGAGAGUCCUUACUACUUUGUAGCUAAAAACGAUGAGCUGGCAGCGGAAAUAAGCUUGAACAAAUUGAGAAAUAACGAAUCGUCAAAUCUCAAGGAACUUUCCGAGAUCAAACAGGUGGUCGCUGAAUCAAAAGCAGGGAGCACGUCCAUGUUAUCGGCUUUCAAGGGUCGGAGUUUCAGGAAAGGCAUCACCAUAACUGUAAUGCUAAUGGUUUUCCAACAAUUCGUCGGCAUAACCAUCAUUUUAUCAUACAUGGAAAAAAUUUUCAUAGCAUCUGGUAGCACGAUAUCUUCAACUACUUCCACUAUGAUCGUUGCACUGAUCCAAUGGUUGAUGGUCAUCUUGAGUUCAUUUCUAGUAGACAGGUGGGGUCGGAGGUUACUUCUCAUAUUAGCCAGUGCGGGUUGCGCACUACCCUUGUUCUCUUUGGGAUUUUAUUUUUAUCUCAAAGACAAAGGAAACGAUGUGUCUUCCAUGUGGUGGUUACCUAUCUUAAGUUUGGUUAUAUACAUAAUUUCUUAUAACUUUGGUCUUGGUACAUUGCCGUGGGCCUUGGUUGGAGAGUUGUUUUCGACGAAGACCAAGUCUCUUGCAUCCACAAUUACAGCAACAACUUGUCUGGCUUUGGCGUUCACCAUGACUUUGAUCUUUCCGAAAAUGGAGGAAAUUAUGGGAUUAUCUGGAGCAUUUUGGUUCUUCGGGGGAAGCGCCCUUAAGUCCUUCGUGUUCGUGCUGUGGUAUGUGCCUGAAACAAAGGGAAGGACUUUUCAAGAGAUCCUCAUGAUUUUGGAAAAAUAAUUAUUUUUAUAUACUCUCUAUUAUGAUAAGAUCUAAUAAGUAAACAUAAGCAUUAAUCACUUAAACUUACACCCUGUUAUAAAUAUCAAAAAUUGAUGAUAAUUUUUUGUAUUUAUUGUAUUUUGACCACAAAGUAGAUAAUAAGGUAUAUAAUAACAGUACCUACCUAA